AAAGAAAAACCCAUAACAACUCAGCAGAUGACAUGUUUGUUUGUUUACCGGAUAUUUUGAAUUUUCCGCACUAUCAAAAUAAUGAUAAUUCUAAUAUAAUUAAAUUUUUUCUUCUGUUAAAUAUGAUCUGAAUUUCCAUUCCAUUUUGCUGUUUUAUUCUAGAUCUUUUAAAUAUGGAUACGGAAGGUUUAGUUACUGAAAAACUUUUGUGUUGGGAAAAUGAAGUGGAUCCCUUGGCACCGCUUACAGAAAAACAAUUAAAACUUAUUCGAGCCAUAUCUGAAAUUUCUAAUGAUAGAGGGAAUUUAAUUGAGAAUUCACCCAAAGAUGAAAUGGUAUUGCUUCCUAAGAUCACUUCUGUACAUAAUGAAGAGAAAUUAAACUUCAUAAAGUUUUCCCCUGAUGAUGUUGUAAAGUACUCUAAAGUUGAAAAUGCUCAACAGUUUCUGUCAUGGUUUACUUCCGUUGAAGAACAGUUAGUUGAAGAUGAAGAUGUUUUAUUUAAAUUUUAUCUGGAGGAAUUAACUUCUCAUUGUGGGCAAUAUAAUAUGCUUUUUGAUGAGUUAUGUCAAGUUCUUGAGUCUUUAGAAAAUCUGAGGGAAAAAUAUACUUUUGUGUCAAAUAAGACGAAUUCCUUGCAUGAAGCUUGUGAACACCUUUUAACGCAACAGACAAAGUUGGUGAGCUCUGCUGAAACAAUUUCUGAAAAAUUAAGCUACUUUAAUGAAUUAGAAUCACUGUCUCAGAAAAUCUCAUCUCCAACUCUAUCUGUUGUAAAUGAAUCAUUCAUGCCUUUAUUGUCACGUCUGGAUGAAUGCAUUGUUUAUGUUGAAGAAAAUAUAAAUUACAAAGAAUCACCUGUGUAUCUGGCCAGAUUUAGGCACCUUCAAAGUCAAGCUUUGGGUAUGAUUCGUUCCUAUGUAGUUGCAACAUUACAACAAGCAACGCAACAAGUUUUGCCCCGCAGAGACAGCUUAUCACCAUCUGAAAAUGCCUUUACACUCUAUUAUGGGAAAUUUCGAUCUCACGCGCCUAGAAUCCAAGCUUUAAUGAAACAAAUUGAGGAAAGAGUUGAAAAAAAUCCUGAUUAUACUCAGCUUUUAUAUGACUGCCACCAGUGCUAUUUUCAACAGAGAGAGCUACUCUUAGGCCCAAGUGUGUCUGCAGCUAUCAAUGACCUAGCUGAAAAACAUCAGAAAGAUCACUGUUCCCUAGUGAGGAGUGGCUGUGCAUUUUUGUUACAUAUUUGUGAGGAUGAACACCAAUUAUUUCAUCAGUUUUUUUCACAUAAUACCCAAUUUUUAGAGCAAUUUCUGGAAGGUUUGUGCAUACGAUUGUAUGAUGUGCUUCGGCCAAUAAUUAUUCAUAUAAAUCAUUUAGAAACACUAGCUGAGCUUUGUGGGAUUCUCAAAGUUGAAAUGUUGGAAGAACACAUACAGUAUGGUGCAAAUGAACUUGAGGCAGUAAAGACAGCCGUUCAUCAAAUGUUAGAAGAUGUGCAAGAAAGAUUAGUAUAUAGGACGCACAUAUAUAUAAAAACAGAUAUCUUGAAUUAUAAUCCGGGUCCAGGAGACCUUGCGUAUCCUGAUAAAUUGGAAAUGAUGGAAAGUAUAGCUGAAAGCUUAUCUUUAGGAGGACUAAGUCGGGCUAGCUCCCGAGCUUCCUUAACGUCUCUGAAUUCUAUCAGCAAUGCAGUUUUAACCGAAGCCUCAAAUUCAUCUUCUGCUGAUAAAGGAGAAGACACAAAUUCAGUGAAGGAUUUUGAACCAUAUGAGCCGCCUAAGAGAACAAUAACUUAUUCUCCUGCUGAUUUGCAUGGUAUGUGGUAUCCGACCGUGAGGCGUACUUUAGUGUGUCUUUCAAAAUUGUAUAGGUGUUUAGAUAAAAAGAAAACUAUAUUUCAGGGUUUGUCUCAGGAAGUUUUAACAAUGUGUAUUCAAUCAUUGAUUUCUGCCAGUGCGACUAUCAGCAAAAAUAAGACAUUGUUAGAUGGGCAGCUUUUUGAAAUCAAGCAUCUCUUGAUUUUAAGAGAGCAAAUAGCACCUUUUCAGAUUGAUUUUGCUAUAAAAGAAACAACAUUGGAUUUUAGUAAUGUUAAGAUGGCUGCUUAUAGUUUACUCCAGAAUCGAACUCAUUUAUUGUCAAUGAACUCAAGUAAUGCCAUUUUGGAAUUCUUACUUCAGGGUACGCCACAUGUUAUAGAGCAUCUUAUUGAUUCCAAAAAGGCUGUUGACAAACAAUUGAAAGUUGUCUGUGAGGAAUUCAUUUCCCAUACUGUUACAUUUCUUAUUGGAUCUCUUCAGGAAUUUCUUUCAAAGGCAAAAGUUGUUUCUGAACUCCAAGCUUCAUCAUCCAAUCAAAAUAUUAGUCUUAGUCAGCAACCUUUUGCUAAUGCUGAUGCUCUAUCUCAACUUAUAUCUGAUAAUAUUCGGGGAUUGAAAUCUAAAUUGCCUACUUUACACAGAUGCAUGUCUCUGUAUUUAGCUAAUCCAGAUACAGAAUAUAUUUUAUUACGUCCUGUAAAGAUUCAAAUUCAAAGUUGUUUCGAACAACUGUUGCAGUUAAUCCGAGUUAACUAUUCGGAAGAAGAACAAGUAAUUAUUGCUUGCCCUUCUUCUGAGCAACUAACUAUUUUGUUAUCUCCCAGUAUUACGAAAUGAGAGAUCAACAAAAUUCAUUUCACAUCACCGUGUCCAAUAUUUAUUUCCAAAUUUAUUUCAUUAUUCAAUUGCUACUUCCUGGAAAAUAACACCUAGUCAUUCUUUUCAAUCAAGUAUUCAUCUUUGCUAUAGAGCUUUCAAGUUAAGGACUUUUUGAAACUACAGAGUUAUUGGAUUCAUCAUUGUAUUCUAGUGAGAUUUUUUUUUUACCUGAUUGGUUUUUGAAAAAUAUAAUGAAACCAAAAUUUCAUAAUAAUUGAUUCUUUUUAUAAAUUUCAAUUCUUUUUAACAUCUUAUAGAUCAUUAUAAUUUAUAAGAAAUAGUUUUGCUAUGAUUAUUAUUGUAACUGUGUGGAUUUAAUUAUACUUUUUACAUAAAUUAUUUCUAAUUAUAUAUCUUUAUAAAUAACUUACAAUAAUUUCAUCAUGCGUGCAAUGUAAUAAAUCAUUUUUGUUGUUGUUUAAAGGCAUUAGUUCCAAUUUUGUGUUUUCACUAGUUAAUGUAAACAAGUUGCAUUUUUGAGUUACUCUAUAUUUUGCAUAAUUUAUGUAAGAGAAAAGAUAAUGUUUAAACUCACAUAUAUUAUAUUAUUGCAGUUAAAAAAAAGCAUGCAGGUUUCAAUGCGGUUGUGGACACUAAUUUUCAUUGCACAAUAAAGUGAAGAAAAGAAUGGUGAUGAAAAGCAACACAAUUAUAUGAAAUAAAUAAAACAUAAAAUUGAUUUAACCAAUAAGAAAAUGAGGAUCGAAACACAUAAAAUGCACCAGUAGUUCCAUUUGUUGAACAAUGGAACAACCAAAAAAAUGGAAGGGGAAAAAAAGUAUCCAAAAAAGGUUUCCAUAUAUUUGAAAAUAAAGCUUCACAGAAGAGCAAUUUUUUAAAAAUUUAUUAUUUUUGAUAAUAUGCUAUCGAGUUACAUCAGAUACCGAUAUUAUACAGAUACUUUAUUAUAUUAUGUUAUUUUAAUAAUAUAAUAUAAUAUUGGGUUAUCUUUGAAAUGAAAGUCUAGCAUAUUAGUUAACUGAGUAGAUUUUACUUACUAUCUGUCUAUUCUGCAGAGCAGUUAAUGACAAAUUCACUUACAUAAGUAUAUUAAACUUUAAAGUAUAGGAAAAGUGAGUUCUUGUAAAUGUAGAGUAAACCAUGUAGUUUCCAAUACUGAAAUUGUGUUUUCAAUUGUGAUCAAACUUCAUAAAUUGAGGGAAGUGUUUAUGGUUAUUUAUGAAAGGGAUGCAAGCGGUUUGUUAGUUUUGUGUUGUUCUUUGUUGAAGCUUCUUUAAUCUUUGAAAUAAAGCACUGGGAUGCUAUUAUAUUUUGUGUUUGUUAGAUGAGAAUAUUUAUUUUUUAAAGUUUUUGAAACAGUUUUUACUGUUAUAAAAUUGUUUGUAUUAAAUUUUUAUUUAGAUAAUUUUUUUUUACAAAUUUACAGAUUAUUUUUUAUUUAAUGAGAUUAAAACUUAUCAUAUUUAUUUUAUUGUUGAAACCUUUUAGUUUUUUUAAAGUUAAUUUUGACUCUAUUAUUCUAUUUGCAUCUAGAAUUAAUUUUCUUUCUUCUUAAUUUUUCCUCUUUCAAGAAAUAUAAUACUUUUGAUUAUGCAUCAACAUAAAAUGUGUAAAAAACAACUACCUUCUGCGACUUGUAUAUGUGUAAAACAUAAGAGCACAGACAUAAAUUUCAAUGGUUUGUAUACUUUAGAGAAUCUUUUAUAUGUAUAUAUUUUUGAAUAAAUAUUCUUAAAAAUAUAA